CUCACCACCAACGGUGCUACCGGCACUAUUUACAGUGGCAGCACCUCCCUACUCUAUACCAUCACCACCUUGGCCUGCCCAUCCAUCCAAUUCUCUCAACCACAUUUGCGCCGGCACACACUCUUAUCAGCUUGACAAUAUGCCGGCCUACAACUCCAUCUUCAACACGGACCCCAACGUGCCGCGCCUAAUAGGCAACUUCCCCCUCCUCCCCCUCCGCACCAAGACCCGGGGCCCCGCCUACGUGCUUCCUUUCCCCUCCCCGCCGCUGCCCGCCUCCGAGUCCCCCGACCCGGACUCGGAGAGCUACGACAUCGUCGACGAGAUCCUCGCCCUCUUCCGCGCCAACACCUUCUUCCGCAACUUCGAGCUCCAGGGCAACGCCGACCGCCUGCUCGUCUACGGCAUCUGGUUCCUCUCCGAUUGUUUGACCCGCAUCAAGCCCUCUGCCACCUACCGCGACGCUACCAAGGAUGUCAUGAACCUCGCCCUCGAUACCAAUUUUGCUAUCCCUGGCGAUCCGGCGUGGCCUCUUAACCAGAUGUACGAACCCCCCCGCGACAGACACGAAGCCGAACAACUCCGACAGUACAUGUCGCAGCUACGGCAGGAACUGGCCACGCGGUUACUGGCAAGGGUGUACCAGGAUACCGAAGACAAGCCGAGCAAGUGGUGGUUGAGCUUCACGAAGAGAAAGUUUAUGGGCAAGUCGCUGUAAUCGAGUGCGCGUGCGGGUGCUUGCUACGACAUUAUCCCUCGAAAGAACUCCAAAUCGAGGAAUGCUCAAGUCCACCUUGAGACACUGCACGAAUGGGGAGACAACCAAAGCCACACACACCACAACCAGUCUUUAGUAAAGUCCAUGGGGGGGCCUGUCUAGACGACAUACGAAGCGGUCGAGAAGAGGUCUUUUUGAGCAAAAGUGUACAUACCGCUAGGCAUGCUAGUUCUAUUGUCUUUUUUCGUCUUCUGCUUUCCCGUCUUGACGCCACAAGGGGG